UCCUCCUCCUCUCUCUCGUGUCUCCUCUAUCUAUCAGAUUAUUCUUAAUUUUCUGAAGCAGUUCAUUUGCUUACCAGCAGAUCUGAUUUCAAUAAGGACCAGAGAGCUUUACGGAUUGUAUAAAAUCACAUAUUUUUUAUUUUUUUUAAUACUCAGCAAUCCUGUGCGUAACUACAUCCAUAUUAUCACUAUCUAUCAACACGGAUGUCCAGCUCCAAGGAGAGGAUAUGUAUCAGGGCAUAAUGACAACCAACCACGGACCCCCUUCCUAUGAGGCCGGAUUUCUCCACAACGCCUCGGCGGGCACCUCUCCGGUUUAUGUGCCCACCACCCGGGUCGUCACCCCCAUGAUCCCGGCGCUUCCUUACCUCCAGACGCCCGGUGCGUCACAGCAGAGCAGCCCCGUGUCGAGCCACUCUGCGUGGGCUCAGCCGGGAGCCGACUCGGUGCCCUCGUACAACCACUCCCCGGUGUCUCCGCGCUUCGCCUUCUCCACCAGCCCGCCUCUGUCCUCCGGUGUGGCCACAGUCCGGGAGACGGCAGCUUCUUACACCAGCCCGCUAAACAUCUCUGCCAAUGGAAGGGAACACUACGGCGCCCGGAGCCUCAGCGGGUCGUAUCACAGCCCCUAUCCGGCCUAUAUGAGCCCGAACGUGGGUGGAACGUGGCCGGCGUCUCCUUUUGAUAGCCCGGUCCUCCACGGCCUCCAAACCGGCGCUCCUCCAGGCACAACACGGCACCCAAACAUGGACCUGUUCGAUGACUUUGCUGAGGGGAGAGAGUGUGUGAACUGUGGCGCCAUGUCAACCCCACUCUGGAGGCGGGAUGGCACCGGCCACUACCUGUGUAACGCCUGCGGCCUGUACCACAAGAUGAACGGCAUCAACAGACCUCUUAUCAAACCUCAAAGACGGCUGUCUGCCUCAAGAAGGGUUGGCUUGUCCUGCACCAACUGUCACACCACCACCACCACCCUGUGGCGACGAAAUGCAGAGGGAGAACCGGUUUGCAACGCCUGUGGCCUCUACAUGAAACUCCAUGGGGUACCACGACCCCUGGCUAUGAAGAAAGAAGGGAUCCAGACCCGCAAACGCAAACCCAAGAACCUCAACAAGCCCCAAACUGGGACCCCGGGCAAUGAGGGGACUCCAGUCACACCAAGCAGCACUCCCCGUGCCUCCACCACCACAGAGGAGCCUCGGCAGAUAAAGACGGAGCCGGACAAUCACAGCUUAUACACACACCACAGCGCACACGCACAGAUUUCAGCCCUGCCAGCCUACAUGGCAGCAGCACAAGGUGGAGCCAUUCCUCUCAAGAUGUCCCCUGGAGGCCACGGUGGGUCUUCUGGCUCCAAAGCUGAACCAUGGAACAACUUAAUCCUGGCCUAGAAGACCUCCAACCUGACAUCUCAAACCAACCAAUCUAUACUGAUUAAACUCUCCUGAGAGACAAAGGUCUCCGGACAGCAGACUGCCGCUCUGGAUGCAGAUGUUCCCACAGCCUUCACACAGUAGAGUGCCUCCAAUACUGUACAACACUCUUGGACAAAUAUGUGGGAGCCACAACAGAAAUGGGGGAUCUUUAACAGAUGUGCACAGAUACUGCGUUCAAUCACAGCAACCGAGGACUGAAUGGAGUAGCACUGUGAUUAGAAACACAACAACUCUCACAACAAAGUGAAAAAAAGUGAACUUUUAGUGUCACUCUCACCGUUUCUACAAGUACGGGGGCUUUAAAUACUGUAAGACAAACCUGUAACACAUAACAGAUAUGGUCAGACUUUUUCUCCCUGAGUAUUUUUUUUUAUUUCAGUAUAUUUGUCUUCAUUUUCAUAUUAUUAUGGAUAAUUGGUCAUAAAAUGAUGGACUCAUGAUGGACACUUAAACCUAAAGGGACAGUUGGUUCUUUUCAAGGUGGGGUUGUAUGAGAUAUGUCUGCGUCUGUGGCAUAAUUAGGCUUAGGCGUAGAAAUACUUGGUCUAUGGUUGAGACAAUGUAGUGCCAAGAGAAAGUUGAUGAUUUACAGCCAGCAGCAAGACUGGAAAGAGUGGGAAACAGCUAGCCUGGUUCUGUCCAGAGGUGACAAAUUCUAGCUCUUCUAAAGUUCUUUAAUUUCUACGGUUUUGUUUUUUAGGUGGCUAAAAUUCAUUUUUCCGUUGACUCUUUCAACAGCGGUGCUCUGAUGGCUUCUCCGAACUUUGAGCACACUGACCGAUGUUUACUGUAGGUAACACACUGAAUAUGCAACUCCACUUUAAAGCACCCAACUGUCCCUUUAAUGUCAAAAGUAGCACCAUAAGGGGGUUGUAGCAGGCGUAGUUAAAGAGUCAGUGCACGUAAAUAAGAAAAACAACUAUAUACUUGUAGACAUGCCACCAAAAUGCAACAGAGGUGAAUGAAAUUUUGUUUGUGGUGCUGAAAGUCUUGAAAAUUAUAUUUGAAAAAGUCAAAAAGUCUCUUUACAGAACAAACUUCGACAAGGGUUAAAUGAGAGGCAACUGAAGUUUGGUUGUAGACCCCGUGAAGACGUUUCGCCUCUCACCCAGAUUUAACCCUUCUCGAAGAAAGGUGAGUUGGACGACUUUACAGAUCAAACCAUGUGCUGGUUACACAAUAAUAAUCUGCUGACCCCAAUGUAGACAGUUUCCAGUAUUUUGUAUGUUCAGUAGAUGCUUCAAACUGUUCAAAGGAGGGGAGGUCUGUGGAUUAUGCAGAUUAUCCAGUCAUCUUUGUUGUAGUGGGGCGGCUCAUUCUCAGCAUGUCACUUAUUUGUGACACCAAUGAGUUGCAAUUUGACAAAGACAAAGACAAGCUAACCAAGAGCAUUUCUUAUAAACUUACUGUAACUAAGAGAGAACUGCUCAAGACAUCCAUCACUCCUCAACACCAGUGAUACGACCUUUGUGAUCUCUUUCUCAGUGCAAUAGAAACAUCUCCCUGGUGGUCUGUUGUUUCUGGAUCUGUUGCCUGAACUUUGUACUUUUGUUCUUAUGAUUUAAAGUGUAACAAAAAAAAAAA